UUCGACUCUGAACUCGAAGUCUCGACUACACCAUUGGAGGGAAGAAUUACAGAGGUAACACCCAUUGUUCCCGUUUUCCAUUCCUUCACUCCCUCUCUAUUUAAAUCGAAAGCUUCUGCUUCACAUAUAAACUUCACAAUGUAAACUUUACUAAACCCUGUUCUGUACGAUUCUCUCGUGUUUUAAGUCAUUUAUUGCUACACUGUUAGUACAAAUCUUCUUCUGUUUAGAUUUCCUUUGUGUUUAGUAGUAUUAUUUCCGUCCUGAUCAUUCAGUUGCUCUUUCUCCGUCCACGUCUCUAUCUGGUUGCCGAGAAAACCCCCUAAGCAAAAUAGAAACUACUUUUUCUUUUUUCUUUUUUGAGUUUAAGUUUUAGUUAGUUUUCGUCUUGAGUUUCAAGCAGUCAAAUGUAGUUUUUCAGUUAGGUAUAAUUGAUUGUGACAUUUUUUUUUUUUGGGUAUGGAUUUUUUGUGAUUUCAAAUUCUCUGACUUUUGUUUCUUUUCCUUCGUUUUCCUGCAACCAAACGGAACGCAACAUUCGUUGAUUUUUGUUUUCCUACUUUUGUUUCGAUUUCGGCUUGUAGAAGACAACGGUUGCUUGGUAGAAUUCUCACGGCUUUUCUGUUUUUGAUUGAUUGAUUCCGUUUGAAGAAUCUACUCCUAUAUAUCUCUGCCGGAAUCUCUGUUGGAAUCACACCUGCUGGUGACAUGUAAGCUCCAUUCUAGAAGCCCUAAAAAAAUAAGGACCAUGGAUGAAAGUAUCAUUGAUUUUGACUUGAAUGAGCCUCCAAAUGAUGAAGUGGGGGUUAUAUCGUUCGAAAGAAAUACAUUCGAGUUGAGUGAGUAUCCCAAAGAAAUUGAUUGUUCAAGUGAAGAUGACUUAGCUGCGCAAAAAAAGAGUGAAGAUGACUUAGUGCAAAAUGUGUUUGAUCCUUUUCUUGGUCAGUGUUUUUUAAGUGAAGAAGAGGCUUAUGUUUGCUUUCAAAACUAUGCCCGUAGGAGUGGGUUUUCCAUUCGGAAAGAUCGCACAAACAAAAAAAAUGGAGAAGUAAGACGACAAGAUUUUGUUUGUCAAUGUGAAGGGAAACCACGGUUGAAACUUGUGGACUCCUCCAAAGAACAACGAAAUAAGAAAUCUGUAAGGUGUGGAUGCAAAGCUCGAAUACGUAUCACCUUAAAGAAAUCAUUUGAUAUUUUCCCUCAAGAAUGGCAAAUCACUGAGUUCAUUGCGGAGCAUAACCAUGAGUUGUUAAGUCCUACAGAAGUUCGGUUUCUUCCUGUCAAUCGAAAGAUUUCGGAUGCUGAUGAAAAGCGUAUACUUUUGUUCAAAGAAGCUGGUCUUUCAGUCAAGGAAAUGAUGCGCCUUAUGGAAGUUGAAAAAAAAGUCAAACAUGGUUACCUUCCAUUCCUUGAAAAAGAUGUGCGGAACCUUUUAACUAAAAUUGGGAAGAAGCAUGAAGUUAACGAUGCUAUGGAUCUUUUGCAUCAUUGUAAGGUUGUAAAAGAAGAAAAUACCAAGUUUCAAUAUGCUUUUACAGUUGAUGAAGAAAGAAAGUUAGAACACAUUUUUUGGUCUCAUGCCCUUUCUUUCGAUUGGUACCAAAAGUUUGGAGAUGUUGUCGUGUUUGACACUACUUACAAGGUUAAUGCGUAUCAAAUGCCUUUUGGCAUUUUUGUGGGAAUCAAUAAUCAUGGAAAGACGAUAUUGUUCGGGUGUGCACUUCUUCGAAAUGAGACAACAAGUGCUUUUCGGUGGUUGUUUAAGACUUUCACAGCUUUGAUGAAGAAACAGCCAAAAACUAUACUAACUGAUCAGGAUCCAUGGAUUACUCAAGCAAUUGCAAAAGAAUUUCCAACCACAAAGCAUAGCUUUUGCAUAUGGCAUAUUACUAGCAAAUUUAGUGGUUGGUUUACGGCUGUUCUUCAAAGUCAAUAUCAAGAUUGGUGUGCUGAUUUUUACAAGUUAUACCACUUGGACUCGCCUGAAGAGUUUGAACACCAGUGGUCUCACUUGAUUGCCAAGUAUAAUAUGCAUACCAAUAAGCAUGUCAUUGGUUUGAAUGGGAUCAAGCACUUUUGGGUACCAGCUUAUCUCCGUGAUAAUUUUUUUGGUGGGAUGACAACUACAGGAAGGUCAGAGAGCAUCAAUGCAUUUAUAAAGCGGUUUAUUGGCUCUCACAGCAACUUGAGCCAAUUUGUUAAACAAGCUGAUCUUGCUAUUGAAGAUGUUCAACAACGAGAAUUGCAUGAUACAAUGUUAGAAAAAUAUAGAGGCUCUACUUUGAGAACAAUGUCUCCAUUGGAAGAGCAAGCUCGUGGUGUUCUCACACCAUUUUGUUUUAAAAAGUUUCAAGAAGAGUUCGGAAGAGCAACUUUAUAUUCAUUGCUUGGCGAAAAUGGUAAUGAGUUUAUAGUAAAGUAUCACGAGGAAACAACUACGAAAAAGCGUAUCGUGUUUUGGGAUGGUGAGAUGGCAACAUGUAGUUGCAAGCACUUCGAAUUUUGGGGAAUACUUUGUCGUCACAUUUUGAGUGUGUUUCUUCAUAAGGAUUGCUAUGCAAUACCGUUCACAUAUUUACCAGUACGUUGGAGUCGUGAAGUGCCACAAAGUGAGGAAGCACCGCGAGUGCUAGAGGAGGAAACUUUAUCGGAUACACCGAUUGAUGAUAUUCAUUGUCCUCCGAUUUCAAAAACCAAAGGGCGUCCCAAGACAAAACGAUUGAAAGGUGGAAAAGAAGCACGAAAGGUAACCAAGUCUUGUGGAUUUUGCAAGAAAGUUGGCCAUAAUAUUACGACAUGUCCGGAGAAGGAAAAUAUUGGUUUUGUCAACGGUUCACAGAAAAAGAAAAAGAAAACUUCAAGUAGCGACAUUGGCUUGAAUCCAAUCUUUUCUCUGAAAUAUUAGGGUGGUACAUAUGGAAGUUGUUGGGAUCUACAUUUAUUUUGUUUUUGAAGAUCUCAGUUCAAUUUGAAAGACUUUUGCACAAAAUGAUGGCAGGAACAUGGCUAUUUGGGGAUUAACUUUAUUUUGUUUCCAUAGAUCCCAACUUAAGUUGUAGAUUUUUGCACAAAUAGUAGUAAUAUGGGUAGUUGGGAAGUAAUUUUGUAAAGAAAGGUAAACUGUUUAUGCAGAUUGAUGGUUAUUUUGGAUACCCAACUGUAAGUUGAAUUUGAUUGUAAUUUACAUUU